AUGCUCGUCAUUGGCGCAACAGGCCGCACCGGCAGCGCAACCAUCUCAGCCCUCACCACCCUACCGAACCCCCCCAAGAUCCUCGCUCUCACCCGGUCCCCAUCGUCUCCCAAAUCGAAAUCUCUCCUCGCAUCAGCCUCGUCCUCUGUCACCCUCGUCGAAGGAACCCCCGAAGACCCAAACCCAAUCUUCGCCACCCACAGCCCCAUCUCCGCAAUCUACCUCGUCACCGUGCCGCCAGCCGACGAAGCCCAAGCCAUCCCCCUCAUCGACGCCGCCAUCGCACACUCCGUCCCGCACAUAGUCUUCUCCAGCGUCGACCGCGGCGGCGAUGCCGCGUCGUGGGAGAACCCGACCGCCGUGCCGCACUUUGCGGCGAAGCAUCGUGUCGAGCUGCACCUCCGCGACAAGACUCGCGGCACCGCCACGCGGUGGACCAUCUUGCGGCCGACGGGGUUCAUGGAAAACUACGUGCCCUCGGCGGGGCUGAUGGGCUCCGUCAUGGGCGGGCUAUGGGCGACUAUGCCGAGGGAUCGAAAGAUGCAGCUGAUCAGCGCACGCGACAUCGGCCUGCUCGCGGCGAGGGCACUGGUGGACGGCCCCGAGGAGGGGUGGGCGGACAGGACGCUAGGGCUCGCGGGAGAUGAGAUCAGCUUCGCCGAGGCGGAAGAGGCUUUUCAGCGGGUUGUUGGGAGGGCGAUGCCGCGGACUUGGGGUGGUGUGGGGAGCGUUAUGAGGUGGGCUUUUGAGGAUGCCGGGCGGAGCAUGGAGUGGUUCGAGGAGGAGGGUUACAAGGCUGACAUUGGAAAGCUAAGGGGGAUGGAACCGAGGUUGCAGACUUGGGAGAGGUGGCUGAGGGAGAGUAGUGGGUGGGUAGAGUGA